AUGGCCAUCGCGGUUAGCCCUGAGCUUAAGACAGAGCUUUCUGGAAUCAUAAAGGCAUUUCUUUUGGAUAUCGAUUAUGAGUUUCCUCCUCAGCUAUACAAUGGGGAGUUUCCUCUUCGGAAACUAUAUCUUGCAGUCGAACACGAAGUGAAACUGCAUUUCAAGAAUAAAGGAUUCUCAGAUGAUUUUAUUGCAAAGGUCGAGAAACAGCUCAGGCCCAGCAUCGAUAUUGCAAUAACGGCUUACCACACAACCCCCUUCGAUGUACAAUGCACAGUGGCGAUAUUCAGCGCUUAUUCUUUCAUUGCUGAUGAUUGGGCCCAUGACCUCGAGUUCCGGAAUGAUCUGAAGCGAUUCAAUAUUUGCCUCCUGACCCGACAGCCCCAAGGAAACCCGGUCCUUCAGUGUUGGGGAGAGUUCCUCAGUUCUUUCCAUUCCAUCUUCGGUCAAUUUGCCAGCGACAUGAUCAUCAAGGACACAAUGCAGUUUAUCAGCGCAUGUUAUGCAGAAGCCGAGGGUGAGAAACUUCAUUUCCCCACAGAAGCGCAGCGAUUCCCUGAAUACUUUCGCCAGAAAGUAGGCAUAUCCGAAGCCUUCUCCUUUCUGUUCUUCCCACUCGCUCAAUUCUCCGAAGCCGAGUGCCGACGAAACUGUCUACCGAUGAUGCCAUAUUUGACAUCGGUUUUGGCUUGGGUAAAUGACAUCCUGUCGUACUACAAAGAAAUGGUUGAGAUGGAAAGCUUUAAUUUCAUUGCGAACUCGGCCAGGUGUCAAGGGGUCACUGAGAUGGAGUGUCUGCGAAAGCUCUGUGAUGAGUCAAGCGAUAUGAUCCGGACUUUGCACACGCUUGCCAAGGCUGACACCAAGCUAUCCAAAGCCCUUGAGGCUUCUCUUUCUGGUUAUAUCACGUUUCAUCUGAUGCAAGCGCGGUAUCGAUUAGAAGAUCUAGAUUUGGCAUCCAUUUCCGAUGCUACAUAA